AUGCGAUUUCGACCUAAUAAUAACUACUAUACUCACCUGGAUUUGGGUGCUCAAGAGGUUCCGAAAGCUCCAAGAGCUCCGCGAGCCUCCUUAGAGCAAUCAUGCGAAAAGCCGACUUCUACCGUCGUCCAUUGCAAGAAGCACCGUGCCAAGUGCGCCUGGAUGAAAUUUCGAAAUGUGCUUCGAAUUGCCCUUGGUCAUCUGGCACUCUACUGUUUUGUGGUCUGCUACGUUUUUGCGGGCGCUUGGGUGUUCCAUCAGUUGGAAGGAGAGAAUGAAACCGAACUUCAUGAUAAACAAAGAGAAUAUGCAAUGAAUUUGAAAAAAGAUGUGAUAGCUAAACUAGCGACAACUGAAAAUGUAGCCGAAAUAAAUGAACACUUACGAAUGUUUCUUCGAAAUAUCUCCAAUCUUCACAUUUCCCUAGACAAUUAUCUAAUUUUCAACGAACCUGCACAAAUUGUGCCGAAGCGAUGGACUUUUCCGUCCAGUGUCUUAUUCUCGUUCACUAUACUUACCACGAUAGGAUAUGGUAAUGUGACUCCACAUACUCAACAAUGCAAAGUCUUUCUAAUGAUUUAUGGUGCAUUUGGUAUUCCAUUGUUUCUUAUCACAAUUGCAGAUUUAGGAAGAUUUUCGAAGACUGCUAUUAUGGCGUUGGUGCAAAAAAUUUCGAAACGAGAAAUUAAAAAGCAAAGCGAUGAGCAUUUACUACGAGAAAUUGCUGAGGUUAUGCUAGUCGCCGGACUAUUUGUGGUGUUUAUUGCAAUAGGAUCUGCUGUCAUACCAUUAUGGGAAAACCAACUGACUUAUUUUGAUAGUGUCUAUUUUUCUUACAUGAGUUUAACCACAAUCGGACUCGGAGAUAUUGUACCCAGACGAAUGGAUUUCUUACUACCAACAUUGAUUUACAUUACUAUUGGUUUAUGGUUGACAACUGCACUUGUGGAGCAGCUGGCUGAUGUUUUCAGAUUAGUACAUUACGCUGGUAGACAAGUGACAAAUGUUAAAGGGAUCACAGUCUGGCUGGGAGGAAGACGACUAUCAAUGGGAGGUCUCAUAAGUACAGUAUGCAGGAGAGUAGGGAUGUCUGAAAAUUUAAUAAAUCAAAUAAACUGGGACCGCACUGUCAUUGACGCGUUGGAUGGUAAAAUGCCGCCAACUCUACCAAUCUUUCCUUGGCACUUCACAGAUUUCUUGGAACAUGACCCUCCAUUGAUUGAUCUGAGUAUUGACUUGGAUCAGAUGGAUGGCUCUUUCUAUUGCUCCAAGCCACUGUCCGCCAAAAGACAAAGGAGAGCGAGUCAAUUGAGUGCCCCAGCGAUUGCAUGGAUGCGUCCACAGGAAGAAGCGCGCAUUCUGGAUGCAGAUGGAAGUUUUCCAAAUAUUGAUGACAUAAAAUGA